UCCGGAGGCGGAGCUGCCCGGUGCAGCCAGUGUUGGUGGGCGCGGUGGCCCGCAGCCUUCCGCUCGCAGAGGGACUGUGCUGGGGGGCACUGUCCAAGGAUCGGCCUACUGAGGGGCGCCUGCCUCGGUUUACCCCUCAGCAUCCGGUGAAAUCCCUGCAGCGCCUAAGGGAAAACCGUUCUGCUCCGCGAGGGAAACAGAGCCGUUGACCAUGGUUGCAACCGGCAGUUUGAGCACUAAGAACCCGGCCAGCAUUUCAGAGUUGCUAGAUGGUGGCUAUCACCCUGGGAGUCUGCUAAGUGAUUUCGACUACUGGGAUUAUGUUGUCCCUGAGCCCAACCUCAACGAGGUGGUAUUUGAAGAGACCACGUGCCAGAACUUGGUUAAGAUGUUGGAAAACUGUCUAUCCAAAUCAAAGCAAACCAAACUCGGUUGCUCCAAAGUCUUGGUGCCUGAGAAACUGACCCAGAGAAUUGCUCAAGAUGUCCUGCGGCUCUCCUCCACAGAGCCCUGCGGCCUUCGGGGGUGUGUUAUGCACGUGAACUUGGAAAUUGAAAAUGUUUGUAAAAAGCUGGAUAGGAUUGUGUGUGAUGCUAGUGUGGUGCCGACUUUUGAGCUGACACUCGUGUUUAAGCAGGAGAACUGCUCGUGGACGAGCCUCAGGGACUUCUUCUUUAGCAGAGGUCGCUUCUCCUCCGGCCUUCGGCGAACUCUGAUCCUCAGCUCAGGAUUUCGACUUGUUAAGAAAAAACUGUACUCUCUGAUUGGAACGACAGUCAUUGAAGAGUGCUGAGGAAAGACACAAGAAAAGUUCCCUAAUGAGCGGAUAAUAAACCUCUGAAGCUGUCCAGUCA